AUGGCGGUAUUGCAAACGUUGACUGUCAUUCCAGCAACAUUUGGCAAACUUGCAACCAAUUUACUUACGAAGGUCGUCAACGCUGCAAUUUUUUCCAAAUGCAAACGGGUGGAUUUCGUCGGCGACCGAUAUCCACGUCAAAGUAUUAAGAAUCGGGAGAGGGUCAGACGAGCCAUGAGCGGUGUCCAGGUGAUACGCAUAUUUAGUGAGCAGCAAAACGUUCCUCGUCAGUGGAAGAAAUUUAUGUCUUCAGGUGAUAACAAAGAAGAAUUGAUGAAAUUUAUUUUUAGUACCUGGAGGAAGGCAGAUCCGCAAUUAUUGAAGAGCGUAGAGGUAUUUUUAGCACACGAAGAAAUUUGUCACAGAUUUUUUUAUUCAAAUGGGGAGAUGAUGUGCUCUGAAAUCGGAGAACUUUACUGUGACCACGAAGAGGCGGACACAAUGCAUACUUCUCUGGAAUAUCGCACCAUCAUAAUCAAGAGUCCGGAUACAGACGUGCUUUUGAUCGCACUUAACGCUUGC